UUGUUCCCUCAAAUGUGAAUUAUUUGGGGUAUCCGGAGUCUUCUAGCGUCUUUACAGAUGGGGAGACUUUACUCUUUUAACUCUGAGAGUUUUGUACUGUAAAUAGGAGAAUCUGGAUUUGAUAAUGGAGUGGGUAUUGACAGGUUGCUACCAUGGAGGGGCCGCUAAGCAAAGUCAACUGUUGUGUAAAUUCGAAAUGCAUAUAUAUGGAGUCUUGGGUUUCAUACAUUUCAUAUGAAGGCGAUGGCGAUGGCUUGCCGACAUUAGCAGAUUUGUGGACGCCUGUUUGCAGGUGCAAUCGUGUGAGAGGGUAAAGGAAGAAGGAUAAGGAUAACGAAAAGGGAGGGACUGAAAUAGAGGAUGAGGUGCAAUACCCAGUCUACAUCUGUUUCGGAAAUAAACUGGGACGUUGGUAUAUGAGGAGAUUAUGAGGAAUUGCGGUUGUUGAAUCAAGAUCAAAAGAAGGUUAUUGCAGAAGUGGAAUCAAUAUCAAAAGAAGGUUAUAGCAGAAGUGGAAUCAAGAUCAAAGGAAGGUCAUUUUGGAAGUGGAAUCAAGAACAAAAUAUUUACCAAAAAUUGUGGAAAUGGAAUCAAGAACAAAGAAAUAUUAAGAAGAAUUGUGAAAUCAGGAACAAAGAAAGACUUCAUCAACUAGGAAUAGCGUUUUCUGGGUAACUCAUAGCCUGUUCUAUCUCAUACUGAAGGCAUGGCUGUUGUAUGAUAGACGGGUCAAGAGAAAGGAAACACAAUGAAUCCGGAUGAUCCACUGAAGAGCGUGUCAUUGGACUUCUUGAAUCUGCUCAUCAAUGGGCAGGCCUUCAGUGAUGUGAUUUUCAGUGUGGAGGGAAGGCAAGUCCAUGCCCACAAAUGCAUUCUGGCUGCCCGGAGUCCCUUCUUCCGGAUGAUCUUCUGCAACAACGAGGCCAUGAAUGAGCGUGGUGAUAGUUCUUGUGCUCAGGUGAUUCCUGUGGGAGUUGUGGGGUAUGAAGUAUUUAUGGCGGUUUUGCAGUUCUUGUACAGUGGACAGGCGUGCAUAGUUCCACAGAAGCACCAAGGGAGGCCCAACUGUAGGGAGAAAGGAUGCUGGCAUACCCAUUGUGCAUCUGCUAUUGACCUCGCCCUCGACACUCUUUCCGCUGCUAAUUUCUUUGGCGUUGAUCAGCUCUCCAUUAUCACGCAGAAACAGCUAGUGAGCAUGGUGGAGAAAGCGUCGAUAGAGGAUGUAACGAGAGUUUUGAUGGCAGCAAGAAAGCAGGAUCUACAUUACGUAUGGAAUACAUGUUACCACCUGAUAGCCAGGUCUGGGUUACCUCCAGAGGUGCUAGCAAAGCAUCUGCCUGUAGAUGUGACUACUAAAAUAGAGGAGAUAAGGCUAAAAUCGAACUACGGAAGGGCCUUCCACCAGGUAGUGCCUGGCAACGAAGUGGGCAGCAAGGGCUCCAUGGAGGAUCAGAGGAUACGACGUAUGCAGAGAGCUCUAGACUCCUCAGACGUAGAACUGGUAAGACUCAUGGUGAUGGGCGAAGGGUUAAAUUUGGACCAAGCUCUGGCAUUGCAUUAUGCAGUAGCUAACUGCAGUAGAGAAGUAGUGAAGACAUUGCUAGAACUAGGAGCAGCAGAUGUGAAUCACCCAGGUCCUGGAGGAAGAACAGCUCUACAUAUCGCCUCAGAAAUGGUGAAUCCAGACAUGGUAGCAGUUCUUCUUGACCACCAUGCCAAUCCCAACGUUCGAACUUACUCUGGCACCACUCCCUUUGAUAUACUGCAAUCCUUGGCUUCAGACUUUCUGUCCAGAGGGGGAGGAAUUAGCAUCCCCCAUUUUGAGCACAACAAGCUCAGGCUCUGCCUUGAACUUCUUCAAUCUGCUGCUCAGGUUUUGUCCAGAGAUGAAGAAACUUCCACUUCAUUGCAACUGCAGCUUGAAACAAGUGCUGCUGCUGCUGAUCAUCAUCAUCCUCAUAAUAAUAAUAAUAAUAAUAAUAAUAGAGCUACUUCUUCUUCUUCCUCUUCUUCUGUAAGUGCUUUUGCUUUUACUCCUGGGACUAGUGUGAUGCAACAGGUACAGGGUCAUUGUGAGAUUAGUGAGGGAAGUAGUCAUCUUGCUGCUUUGGAUUCCACAAUGCUAUUCCUCAAUCUCACUGGCCAAUUGGCCUGUAAGGACACUCCUCAUGAUAUCAAUCCAUCAGAGAGUCCACGUGGGCGAUAAUGCUUGCGUGCCUCAUCUUUUAAAUA